AUGUUAGGCCGCCUGCGUAUGAGCAUUGAUGAAUGCAUCGCCGAUUGGGUUGAGCUUUCGAAGAAGAUCUUUCAACCUAAACAUCGUAAAUUCAACCUGCUGAGGGUCGUGGACUUCCUAAAGGCGAACGGCCGCUUCGAUGCUGAAAUUCUUGAGGCUGGGAUCAAAGAAAUUAUUAAGAAGAGACUUUCUCGGCGGUAUGGCGCUGCUGAGGAGGAAGAGGAGGAGGAGGGUACUGAAGCUCUUGAGGAGACGCUUCUAUGGGAUCAAUAUGACGACGGAUACAAAGUGUAA